UGAUAUCAGUCAUGUGUAGUUGUAGGUUGUAGUAGGUAUCGUUGCUUGCUUGCUUUCUUUACUUUGCACCGCGCGUCGGCUACCAAUUGGACUUAAAUUGAAAGAAUAUAUAUCGCAUAACAUUAAAGUUAAUAAUAUAAACUUAAUACAUAAUAAUUAAACGUAAACAACAUACAACCGUGCCAAUAAUACGAGGAUGUGUAGAAAUAUGUGAAAGUGACAGUCGCAACAAUCGACUCAGUUUUUUGUGAUUAUAAUGUUAUUUCGCAUAGUUUCAAGUCCACCAGUUUGUAUGUGCUGAAAUGUUACAUUUGGGAGUUCUUUCGUGUGUCGUCGAGGACACCUGAUCCGCGAUGUUCGAGGCGGGAUAGCAAGCGCUUGCACGAUCAACAUUUAUAAUGCAACAAGAUUAUUUAGCGGACGAGUGCAAGAGUAAAAGUCUGCGGCGGAGGCCCACGAAGGUCCUGAAGAUAGCCGAGAGCUUCACGAACUUGGAUGAGACUGCGAAGGCGGGCCGAUUCGUGAGGGGGCCUAACUGGCGAAGGCGUCGUGAGGGACUCGACGGGAGGACCAAGUGUUGUGAUGAUGAUUUCUGUGCUAAGGAGUCGAGUGUGAGUGACGACAGUGAGAAGGUGGGCGACCGGAGGGUCACGGGCUCGUCGUGCACGGCCCUCCGGACUGCGGUGGCUGCCCUGUACCCUUUUGAUGACUUCAUCCUGGAGAAGAUCGGCUCUGGAUUCUUCUCCGAAGUUUUCAAAGUUACCCACAAAACGUCGGGCAAGGUGAUGGUGCUGAAGAUGAACCAGCAGCGAGCCAACCGGCCCAACAUGCUGCGCGAAGUCCAGCUCAUGAACAAACUAAAACAUCCUAACAUACUUGGGUUCAUGGGCGUAUGCGUACAUGAGGGUCAACUCCACGCUCUCACCGAGUACAUGGAAGGCGGGUCACUCGAGCAGGUGAUCCUGGGCAUGCCACCCGAGCCCCUCCCGCAGGCGGCGCGGGUCUCGCUCGCCGCUGACAUGGCCGCCGGGCUCGAGUACCUGCACUCUCUCGGCGUGUUCCACCGUGACCUCACCGCCAAGAAUGUAUUAGUAAGAAAGCAUGGAGAAGGAGACUUCACCGCAGUCGUGGCCGACUUCGGUCUCGCCGCUAAAAUACCUCAUCAAGUCAAUGGCUACCGGCUGCCAAGCGUGGGCUCCCCGUGGUGGAUGUCGCCCGAGUGCCUGCGCGGCCGCUGGUACGACCACCAUUCCGACAUCUUCUCCUACGGCAUCAUACUGUGCCAGCUGAUCGCCAGGGUGGACGCCGAUCCGGACGUGCUCCCGCGCACGGACAAUUUUGGCCUCAACUACAUGGCGUUUUUGGAGCUGUGCGACGAACAGACCGUGCCGGACUUUCUGAGGCUCGCCUUCAACUGUUGCAUCUACGAUCCUAAAGCGCGGCCGCUAUUCCCCGAGAUAGUGAGCAACCUCGCCGAGAUUAAGGAGAGCUUGGACGAUGCGCCGUGGGGUUACGCGCCUAACAUCAGCUAUGAGAGCGAGGAGUCGGACGCGUCGGGUCCACGUUCCUGCCCCGGGCUGUACGCGUGGCGCCCACAACGGCACGUGAGCCACGACCCGUUGCGGCAUACUCCGCUCGAUACCAUCCAGCACCGGCGCUCGCUCUCCUCGCUGGAGUGGGGCCUGUGCCCGCCGCCGCGCUGCUCGCCGCCCCCGCACCGCUCCGCCUCCGCGCUGCCCGCCGCGCGCGCGCCGCCCCCGCACCGCCUCGCGCGCCUGCACCGCCUCGCGCACAUCAUGCUGCUCCGCGACCCGCCCAGGGGACGCGGGGGCACGCCGCUGCAUACCUUCCGCGGCGUUAAUAAGAUUCUUGAGCAUCCGCAUUCCAGGGCGAGCGGUUUCUCUUCGUGCGUCGAACUCCCAUCGCCGCUAGUGCGCGUGUCCGACGAGCCUGAACUAGGCGAGCCGCGGUGCGCGUCCUUGCCGUCGUCGCCCGGCCUGUCGCGGCGCGGCUCGCUGGAGCGGCCCGUGCAGCAACAGCAGCCGCGCCCUACUAACAACACCGAGCUAUCGGAAGGCGCCCUACUCGGCGCGACACGACGGCGCGGCUCGUGCGAGUCGGGCAUCUUCUCCGUCGCCAACGAGGACCUGUGCGCCACGCACGCCGACUGCUUCUACAACGCCAUGUGCCCCUGCUCGCUCAUGGGCUGCCAGCGCUGCUGGUGGUGGCCCCGACACCGCCCCACGCCCGACACCACAGAAGAAGACUCGCUGGACUAUCGCGACCCACCGCUGCGGAUGUGUGAGCAUUGUCUGAUUAUUUACGAUAGAAUGUUCAACGCUAGAACGUACAAGCGCGGCGCUGCCGGCUCGGCCAACUCCAGCCUCUUCGUCCUCGACGAUUCCGCCCUUUCGACUACGACGGUCAGCUCGCUGCGGAGUCUAGAUGACUUAGAAGAAGUCCCCUCCCGCGACGAGCCCCAACCGCGGAGAAUAAUCGAGCAUGACGCUUCACCGUUCUUGUGCGGCAAGCUCGACUCUAACCGACCGGAUUCCGACGCUUCCGAAACGCCGGAGCCUCAAAAGGAAUACCAUAUUCUAGACAGAUGUUGCUGCGUCAACCGCGCGAAAUGCAUAAGCGGAUGCGUUUCCCAUAAACCUUUAGAUGACGAUGAGCUGAGCUAUCUCCUUCAACGCGGUCCGCUUAUCAACCAUCUUCUAAAUUCCUCGUGUAAAAGAACCUCCAGCGUCUACACGGACAGUUCAGAAGAUGUGGCGUCGCUUGCCGGUUCGGACAGCCUCUACUGUGACGAAAGAAUCCCGCGCCACGUCCGCUCCGCGCAGAUAUCCAAAAUAGUGGAGUACUUCGAGCGCAAAGGCGCGGACUUCAAGUGCGAUCGGACGUUCAAAAGUUCGCGUUUCAAAGUGAGCAACUUCAGCAAAAUGGAAAUGUUACAGUUCGCGAAAGGUAAGGAGGGUGAGCGCAGUGAGAAGGAGUACUUCGUGGACGUGAAACAUAGGGGGCUCGAUGACGGCUGCGGGAGGAAGUGCGUCCAACAGAGACUCAUGAUCUGUGAGGGCGCCGUCAAGUCGAAACUUUCCCUCUUCGACAAGAAGUCGUAGCGACGUUGAGCGUUUACUGAUUGUGUCAAAUCGAUACUGAUUCGAUACUUCCAUAGUAGUUACGGAUAAAUAUUUUUACUCUAUAAUAUACACGGCGAUAUUGGAGUGAUUCAAGGCUAGUGCCGACGUUUCCCGUCUACAUAUUCUAUAGAUACGACGUAUCGUGUUGAAAUUUGUUUGGCCGCCGGCCGUACUGUUUCGAUUUUAUUUUGACGACUGAAUUAAAAGUAAGGUUUAGGAGGACGGUUGUAGAUUUAGUUUUAGUGGAAAUAUUAGUUCGGGCGGAGCUUCUCAGUUGAUCCUACGAUGGCCUAUUGUUACGCAAUAGUCUAUAUUAGUCUAAAUAUAUAUGGCAGUAUAUAAUCAUUGUUUUCUAAACGAAGCGCAUUCUUUAUAGUUAUACCGUUUAUAUAGUGUGGAAAAAAUGUCUGGGCCCUGGACCAAGAAACAAUGGUCUUACACUCGUCUGUCGUACAAAAUAUCCAUAAAAUCGAAUAUUUACUCAAGAAUAUUUUUAGACAACCGAAAUUGUAAAAUAAAUGAAAAUCUUUGAAUGCAGUUUCUUUUUAAAAAUAAAAAAAUGUUUCAUUUAAGUUAAACGAGCUAACUUAAGGUUUUAAGGCACUUUCCUUCCAGGGCCCAUUAUUUUUUUCCACCCUGUAUAAAUUCGAGUUCUGUAAAUACGUUUAGGUUUAAUAUGUUUCAUUUAAACUUAUUUAUACACAGUAUUAUAUUAGUACUUGCCAGUUCAGAUAAUUAUAGUGUACAUAAAAACCGUAACUUAAGAUUUAGCAACUGUCAUAAUAAUAUUUUUUUACUUUUAAAGUGGCAGCAGUUUAAUAGAUAAUUUAGUAAUUAAACAUUUUUAGAUUUUAAUAUACAUCCUUAAUCCUUAUUAAAUUUAAUCGACAAAGUCAUAGAUUGAGUUAUUUAAAAUUAUAGUUUUUUUAUUAUUAUUUUAAAGUCGGUCGGCUAAGAACCGUUUCUGUCUCUUUCACUUGCGUCUGGUGUGAGUAAGACUUAUUCAGACUUAUUGAUACAAAUUUGACAUGUUUUAGUCUGUCAAAUAGAUGACAAGACUUAUUUGUCAAACUUUCAUAUAAUACGGUCAUCAUUCGCAACAUCUUAUACCUAUGUGUAGAUUAUAAGAUGUUGUAUAAGUGACAUAUGUAAGUAAUAAGGGAAAGGGAUAUACUAAUAAAACAUUUCAUGUAUAGAUAAGUCAAAAUAAGAUUUAAGAUCACAAAGAAAAAAAGAAGAAAAUAAGUUGUUUUCAUGAGUUUCUAAUCUUUACUUAGUUUAUUUCACUAAAACAACAAUUUGAGAAAAACAACCCAAUACUUAUUUGGAGUAUACACAUACAUACAUACAUACGUACAUAUAGCUAUAUUUCAGCAUUUUCGCUCGUAAAAAUAACAUACUUUUGACGUGAUAACGUCUUAAGGGGCCCACUAACUAUCAGUCCGCCGGACGAUAUCGGCCUGUCAGUUAUUCGGAACUGUCAAAUUUUUAUUCUAACUGACAGGCCGAUAGACUUCCGGUUCGAGCGCCAUCUUGAUAGUUAGCAUCGUGAUUAAUUAUUUUGUUUUUUGCUCAUUAAUAUUGUUUAAAGUGUAAUAUCGAUAGCUUAUUAUACAGUAAACUAAUGUGGUAGUGUGCAGUGAAUGGAGAAUUAAUUUUGAAGCGCGUUUAACCACCAUCUUGGAGUCAACGGCCGGUAGUCCACGUGCUUCUUGUAAAGUCUAGCUAUCGAUUUACAAGAGCUAACAAAUCACCGUACACUGUCUUGUACAACCGUACAAUUUUUGUCGUUUUUAAACCUCUUAAUACCUUGAUACUGGCGAAAUAGUCCCACUGGGCUGAAGCCAUAAUUUUAAAAGAAGAAGAAGACAGGCCGAUAUCGUCCGGCGGCCUGAUAGUCAGUGGGCCCCUUUAUAAAACGAUGAACACCUAACCGGUGGCAUGCACGAAAGUGUCACGUUGUGGGCAGAUCUCCAUGGUAACGUAUCGAAAAAGUUGUAUUUUUCAAUUAACUCCUUUGUAUUAUACAAAAUAAUGAUAAUUCAGUGAUAAUAAUUCAAUUCAAUUCAUAAAUAAAAGUAUGCAAUUUUUCAUCAAUGUUUUCUUAUGACGUUAUCAUUAUCACGCAAAAUUAUCGUCCGUAAACGGACUUUACAGACAUAUUUUUUUUUAUUAUUCUGCGAGUUACACCAGGCGUAGGAGACAAUAUUUCGUAUACUUAUCCUAAAUUAACUUUAAAUCUUAUCUAUAUCUAUACAGGCACGUAACUAGUCUUCACAUACGUGUCAAAUGUCCCUCGAACUACUAACGAACAAACAUAUUGAAAUAUUAAUUAUAUACCUAUCUAUCUUUAUCUUUGCACUAAGCAGCUGCUAUGAUGGAGUGAGUCAAUAUCUUUAUCAGAAACUCUGUUAAAACAAAAUAUUUCCAUAAUAUCAACGUUUGAAAAAUCUAUUUUAUUUUGACUUGAUAUUCCUCAUUAGAAUCAUUUUGUAUAUGACAAUAUGUCCAACGGAGAGACAACUGUUACUGUGUUCAUAAAACUUUACAGGCCUGAUUUAGUUAAAUUAUGUUUUAUACCUUUCUUACAAAUACAUAAGUCAAAAUGACAGAUAAAGACAAACGAUUCAUAGCUAAUUCAGGCCAGUGACGCGUUUAUGAAUAACGACAGUCUUUAUACAAUGUUGAGUUUUCCCAAAAAACGGAUCACUAGAUCGUGGUCUCCGUCCCAUACAUGUUACACUUGUAUUGUACAAUACAAUAUUUAGUGAAAUGAACAAUCGUCAAAUAUUUUUACGCCGAUUUCAUGGCAUUUUGACUGCAACUCCAGCGGCAGAAACUCCAUUAUUAUAUAAUGAAUGUACAAAAUUGUGUCAAAACAGAUGAAAAUAUUGAAAGGCGCGUUUCAGCAAAAACAGCCAAAUAUAGUUCAGUUUAUUAUUAAACUAAAAGUACUUUAAUCGAGUAUACAAAUAAACUUGAAAAUUAUGGUCCUAAAAAAGAUGUACCCUUUUUUUCGGGAGCACGGGUACAAUGUCGCUUCCGAAAUGCGGAACGUGCAAUAAAUAAAGCCAAAAAUAAUGAAACUUGUUGCUAAGAUUCUAAUUAGUAUCUUGGCAAAAGUUUCAUUAUUUUUGGCUUUUUCAAGAGAAGUUUUUGAAUAACACAGUACAGCCCGACCAAGCGAACUCUGCAGACUGCAAUGACAUAGUGUGGAAGUGUAACGUCAAAUUUCUAUGAAAAUCUGAUAUUUGUUGUAGUGAAAAAGUGUGCAGCUUUUUCACGUCAAAAUCAGCAGCAGAGUUAGCUUGAAAAUACUAGGAUGAUUUCCAAAAUGAUUUCGUCUAAUGCUUGAUUCCAAUUGUCUUGAAAUGCGCCUAAAAUGGAUUAUUUUAAUGAAAAACAAACUCAGAAUACACAGAAAUACACAAACAAUAAGAGUUCACAUAUAGCCAGUUUGUCUCUCGUUAAAAUAAUCCAUUUAUAAAUAAAAAAUAUUUUUGUAAAUACAGUAUUACAUAUUUAUUUAAUCAUCAACAUCAUAUACUUUUAAAUCAUGGUAUAUAUGUCAGGGUAUACUAAAUCAUUGUAAAUAUGAAGAGAUUCCAUUUUGAAGGUGUAAAGAGAAAUUAGUUUAUAACGGGCUCGUUUGAUAUGACGAUAUUUCAGUGCCAAAAAUAAUUUGUAUUAUUCUUUGAUUGAAUAUGUUAAAAAUUGCACACUUUGUUGAAACAUUUCCUUGUGUUGAAACCACGCCAAAUCUUAUCAAAUAAUUCAAUAAAAAUACCGAAAGGUUAAAAAAAUGUACUCAUGUCUGAACCAGAUAUUCCAGGUAAAUAUAAUUGCAAACUUAUUUUUUGAAGUUGAAUGGAAACACUAAAUAAGUAAGAUUUUACCUGCAAUAAGAAAUACGUCAUGAUAAUUCAGAGAGACAGUUUAAACUUACUAUAAUACGAAAAUAACAAUUUAGUAAUUUUUUUUGUAAAUUAUUUUCGUGUCAUAUUGACUAUUCGUCUUAAUAAAAUGAAAGCAUCAUUUCAUCAGACAUACUUGGUGUGGUUUCAUAAAUAGUAAUGAAUAAAUCGAAAGCAAUUAAUUGUCCGUCCAAUCGUUCCCAGUGCAACUAUGAAGCACUUCGUAUUAAACCAUACGGCAAACGGACAUUCUCCCCCUAUCAAUAUGAAAAUCUUUAACUAGAACUGAGAAAGACGAUCUGGACAUGAUCUACAAACUUUAAUAUUUUAACUUUACUUUUUUGGUAAUUGAUUGUAAUAGAAAAGUGGAAGAAAAAACGUGAUUAUGUAAUUUAAAAAAACUAACUGCAGGGUCCCCAAGGGCUACAAGAGCCCCCUGUUUACUGGCGCGAAAUAUAAAUGUCAAGCUGUCAAGUUUCUAAUUUACGCCACAAGAUGGCAAAACCUACCACGCGCAAGGUAGGGCGUGAACUGCAGGGGGGCAGCACCUGCUUUAACGUGAAGUGUCGAAGUCAAGUUUAUGUUACCGAUUUAGGCCACAAGAUGGUAGAUCCUUCAACGCGCACGGUUCCUAUGUUUUGUGGUCAAUGAAUUGUCAAACGUCAAUUUUUGACAACCAGAAUAGUGUACAGCCGUACAGCGCCGUCUCGAGUAGCUGUCCAAAUUCCAAGCACAAAUUCAUCUUAGACUACUCGUCUAGUACAAUUAAUAAAUCAAUCUUUGCUUACACUGAUAUUACAGGUCCAGAUCUGCUUGUGUGUGAAUAUUCACAUAGUAAUGUUAAUAAUUGUUCCUAAGCCUACCGCUGCCGUAUGUGUACGUACCUAGUACUUUAUUUGAUACAACUGUGUAGUUAGCAGGACGCAAGACUGAAAGUAGUUGAAGGUUUUCUUUCAUACGUACAUUUAUCUCCAUUCUCAUAAAGUAAAUAUGUAGAAACAUCUUUAAUAGUUAAACUUUUAGAGAUAUGUAUUAAGUCUUAAUUUGUCAGUUCAUUGGACGGUCCCAAAGGCUUCUGUUUAUUGUAAAAUGACCUCUAUCAGUGCGUAAAAGAAUCCAAAUUGGCAGGGCUCAUUUGAACAUUGACCUUAAUAGGUUUAAGACUACUUAAAUAAUAAAAAAGUACCCUAUAAUGUUAUUGGGAUGAUUCAAUUUGCAUAGUCAAUAUUGAUAGAUAAUAUUAUUUGCAAUAAAACUGAUUUAGUGUAAAUAUAGUCCAGUUAUUUUUGUUUAACAAUAAUAACCAGUUUUUAUACUGGUUAUUGUACUUUCCGAGACGUUAUUGAUACAUUUUCAACAACUUAUACAGCAAAAUUAAAUUAAACAUCCGCCAUUUUGUAAAAGUGCCAUCACGAAAUGGCCGCAAUGAGAAUGUAUCGAAAACGCUCGUAUUCUCGUCAAGUGUUAUAAAAUAAUUGUAAAACUAACUACGAUAUUCGUCAAAUGUACCUGUUACGACUACACUAUGUUUUACGUGCAAUAGAGAGGUAUAUUUAGAGAAACACCUUAGUAACUGUGAAAAAUUUUCCUUGGCAUUUUUUGGAGUAAGUUUGCACUAAAGUAUUUUUCUUGAUUAUGGUCUAAAAUCUAAUCGUUUUCAUGUAAUUAUGUUUACAUUCUCGUCGAUAUCCUUAAAAUUGCAGGGUUAUUGAGCAAUUAUCGACCUCAAAUCUGUGUCUUGACUUGACACCAGUUCCUUCUCGGACCCUUGCCAAGGAAUGUUUCAACGCAAACUUGCCAUUUCUAGAGCAGUGUUACACCAUUUGAGCAUAUCAGUUUCAGGAUACGUAGUUAAGAAAUAGUUGUUUUUGGUAAAGGUGUUAAUUAUCGUCAGAAAUGGUUUAUUUUGAAGUUGAUUCAAGUCUGAAUGAGUCAUAAUGAACCAUGUUUGAUAAUUUAUUGAUACAAAUAGAAUAACCUGUUUGGGACACGCGCGUGUAAGGUAUAUUACUCUAUAGUUGGCACUUUAACAAUGGUUGGCAUCUUCAACCUUAGUUUAAAGCCGCAGUGGCGACUUUCCUACAAAUCAGGUGCCAAUUACUGGUACUUUUCAGUGCCAAUCAUUGGAUAGUUUACCCUAUAUAAUGUUUCUGAAAUACUUAUACACUGCAGUAAUAUAUACAUCAACGUUAAUAUAAACUCAGAAUAGUCAUGUUAAUGUUUUAUCAAUGACUAUACACGAGCAAAGCUUAACGCAGAUGGCGCUACAAUCUAAAAAAAAAUUGGAUAUGUCAAAUCCAAAGAAACAUAAACAACAGACUUUUGAGUUUCUCAAAGUGAGUUAUUUUGACUAGAAAUCAUUAGAUAUCAAGAUAUCAAAUAUUAAGGGGAUUUGAAACGUAAUGUUGUCAGUAAAAUAAAGCCGUUUGAAUAUUUCUGCAGAACUAUAGAUGACAAAUUCGACAGUAUUAAUUAAGAAUUCGUUAACCUAUUGCAAAGUUUGAGGUCCACAAAUGGUCACAUUGGACACAACACUUUGAUCACAAAAGACGUCAACUGACGCGCGCGGCUAUAGCUCAAUAUCUACCUUUGUGCACUCCGACAAGUUACAAUCAGACGGUCAGGCGAUAUCAUAAAAGUGAUGACCAAUAGCAUGGCACUUAAAAAGUGGGUGUUGAAAAAAAAAGGUUAGCUCAGGUAGUUUAUUGCCGUCCAUUGUCCGUGUGACGGCCGGCAUUUGCAAACCAAGAUAAGGAAUCCAAAAUGCAUCCUAAUAUACAAUAGGUACAUGAUGACGCGGGCGAUAGGCGUGGCAUUCAAAGCGUUGUUUUUUUUUUAUUACGAGUUUCUCAUACUAAUGUUGCAUUAAUUGUUAUUUGCAUAAGACGUAAAGGCGCCAGACUAAUUAAAUGCAAAUUCACUAUUGUUUUAAAAAUGCUCGCUGUUACUCAGUAAACCUAUUUAGUUAUCUUUGCCUGACGCAAUCGUAAUACCAAUUUUAAAAUUGCGAUUAAUUUUUAUCAACUGUUUUCAACGUUAAAGCGCAACUUCAAUAACUUUUUAACACUGUUUGAAAAUAGCAGGAUCUUUGGUUCCAUCGUGUUCUCGCGAGACCAUUUUGAAGGUUUUUUUUAGUCUAUACUGCACUGCACUACUGAGUUUUGAACCCACGAUUUUAGUAAUUAAUACGCCAACCAAUGGAUAAAUUAUAAUCCGACCACAGGUUUUGAGAAAGCUGACGUGGAUUUUAUAAGUGAAUGUACAGUAGCCAUCAGAUAUAUCGGAGCGGCCAAGGUGGUCACAAAUAUCUCAACACACCUCUAUUAAAUCACAUUUACAAUCGGGUCUAUCGCGAAUUUAUUUUGUACACCUCUAUUGUCACGGCGUUAGAGUGCGUGUUCAGAUAUUGUUGAGCACCUCGGCUGCUCCGAUAUAUCUGAUGGCGACUAUUCUGUACUGUCAACAUACGCUUAUAAAAUCCACGUCAGCUUUCUCAAAAUCUAGUUGGAGUACAAAUUAUAUACUAUUAGAGGAGAAAUCACCAUACAUCAUUAAAUAAAGGAUUUAAUACAUAAAACCACGGAAAACAGGCAUAGCUUAGGUAUAUCACACUCCGACGCCGUUAUGGCCGGCGAUCCCCGUCUUACAGUGCGGGACGCUCCACACGUAGUGUGUCCAUCGACACCAAUCGUAGGGCUGCACCCGAGCAAGCCACAUAAUCGGUUAUCAAUACCUACACGUGCGUGUCCCUUAGUAAGUUAAUAUUGUUUUAAGGCACUAACGUCUGUUAUACGGUUGUGUCCAGCCCGACUAAUUAGUGUAAGAGCCGAGGAGGCGCAAGCAUAAUUUGUAACGAAGGUGUAUUAAAUAUAUUUUGUUUCAA